AGACCUUUCGUACCCAAAGAGCUUCACAAAAAUGGUGAUUUUAUCGGCGAGCACCACCGUGAGAGCUGCCUUGGAUACACAACCUAGGCUCCCAUACAACCCUAAUGCGCCGCGAAAAGUGAAGAAGAACCCUAACAGUAAUUCUUUCUUACCGCCGGCGUUACCUGCACCGUCUCCGGCAACCAGCAUCUCCGUCGCCGAUUUGCUCAAGCGUCCCCCUAGUAAAGAGUUACCUGUUGAUGUUGAUGAUACUUAUAUGGGGUAUGAGACAUGGUCUCCAAGUCCACCAAAGUUGGAGAAACCAAGAUCCGUCUUCAAUGCUGCUUCAUUAGCGUUUGUAGGCGAUUCCAUUUAUGAGCUAUAUGCUCGGAGGCAUUUUCUGUUCCCUUCCCUAAGUAUCGAAGAUUAUAACGAUCGUGUUAGAGCAGUGGUGCGCUGUGAAGCACAGUAUGCAUUGCUGAAGAAGCUUGUUGAUGAUGAUUUCCUAACAAAGGAAGAGAGGGAUGUGCUCAGAUGGGGAAAGAAUGUAGGUUCUUCUAGAACACGCACAAGAAGGCGUGCAGGUAAUGCGGUGUAUAACAAGGCAUCAUCACUGGAGACACUUAUUGGCUAUCUAUAUCUGACAAAUGGGAAAAGAUUAGAUAAAAUCAUGCAGAAGCUAGGAUUCUCAAGCGAUUCAUCAACUGAGAUCAUAAUUGAAGAGGCGAAGCCUAAACCAACAGAAUCAAUCUUGCCAAACUUUAUACUCAACGAGCAAGUGGUGUCACAGUAGUUGUAGCAAAGGUCGUAACUCUCUCAGAUCAUGGAAAAGCUGAAGAAUCAAAGUUUCCUUUAGUAGGCCGGUUUAGCUAUUACAGUGCUCGCUCCAAAGAGGACAGUGUUUUGUAUAUGUAGUAGUACAUACGUAUGUAUGAAGAUGUAACUUCUACUAGUUGGGAAUCAAAAUGCCCGCCCAUUUUUGUCUUCUGUCCCAACUAUGACAGUGUACUAAAACCAUAUAUAUGAUAUUUAAACAACAAAACAAAAAAUUAGCGACUA